AUAAAAAUAUAUUUGUUUGUUUAUAUAGCCUAUAUUCACGUAAAGUGUUGUGCAGAAGUCGUAGAAGCCAUGUUAAUUUCUUCAUGUAUCAUUUAACUUUUGUAACUUAAUACAAACUUGAUUACCCCCUUGUCUAUAAAACAGCUGGCACACUAAAGCAAAAUAUAUCACUUUUUUGUAGAAGAAUCUAACAAGCCUCACACUUUUGCACAGUAUGUAGUCAACGUUACAUGCUUUUAGAUAUAGUGCCCCUAACUUUUUUUCUUGACAGACACAUGUGCUAGGAAUUAGUCCAACUGUCCUGACAAGUUGUGGACGGGGUGGCACAUCAUCUUCUGCCAUGGUAAAAGAUCUGGCGGUGGCAGUGUUUGGGAGAGACACGUUGGCCACACAUGGGCUGUCUGGAAGAGCUGGCAAUGCUAACAAAGACGCUAUAGCAAAGCCAGCUCUUGACCAGGACAAAGUUGUGCAGAUCCUAGACACAGUACAGAAAAAAUUUCCGGAUGUUCCAAAAAAGUUCAUCAGGGCAGCACUAAGAGAGAAGUUGAAUGAUGAGCACAAGUUACGAGUAAGGAAAACAGUGUAGAGGCUUCAUUUGACUGAUAGAGCAACAUUUGGCUGCAUGCAUGUGAAUUGGACUCCGCUUCUCUCUGCUCUGCAGUUUCAAUAAAUAAAAUAAAAUAAAUAAUUUGUAAUAAUACAUUGUUUGUUGUGAAGUUAU